AUGGAGCUAACCGGAGCCACCGUAUUCUUGAUUUCUCUCGCCUCAGUGGUGAUUCUAGCUUCCUUGCUGAGCCGCAAACUAGCACCAAGUUCCAAGAACAGGCGGCCUCCUGGCCCAUGGCGUCUGCCCUUGAUCGGAAACCUCCACCAGAUCGUCGGCUCCCAGCCGCCGAUCGUCCUCCGGGACAUGGCCAAGAAGCACGGGCCGGUGAUGUACCUUCGCCUGGGCCAGGUCGACACGGUCGUGGUCUCCUCGCCGUUGGCGGCAGAGGAGGUGCUGCGGGAAAAGGACCUCUCCUUCGCGUCACGGCCCAACCUUCUGGUCGCCGAGAUCAGCUUCUACGGGAACACCGACAUCGCCAUGACCCCAUACGGCGCGUACUGGCGGACCUUGCGCAAGAUCUGCACCGUGGAGCUCCUCAGCGAGCGGAAGGUGAGGCAAUUUUCACCGGUGAGGGACAACGAGACCAUGUCCCUUGUUAGCAACGUCGGCGAAGCUUGCUCGGGUGGCAAGCCAUUCAACCUCGGCAGGCUGAUCAUAUCGUGCUCGAAUUGCAUAAUCGCGAAGGCGGCGUUCGGAGACAAGUGCAGCUCCGAGCUCCAGGAGCAAUUUCUGUCGGCCAUGGAAGUGGUGCUCAAGCUCAGCGGGGCGCUCUGCAUCGGGGACCUCUUCCCUUCACUGCGGUUCGUCGACGUGCUCACCGGGCUCACUGGCAGGAUAUGGCGAGCCCGCCGGCAGCAGGACGAGGCCCUGGACAAGAUGAUCUCUCAGUCCAAGAUGCGGCCAGGUGAUCACCUUCUCGGUAUUUUGCUUAGGAUCAGGGACGAGGGGGAUCUUGACUUCCCCAUGGAAAUGGAUAACGUCAAGGCAAUCAUAAUGGAUAUGUUCACGGCCGGGACCGAGACAACAUCAUCAGCAGCCGAGUGGGCCAUGUCGGAGCUCAUGAGGAACCCUGAGGUGAUGGCCAAGGCACAGGCUGAGGUGCGACGAACAUUCCACGAUAAGAACACAGAAGAUCAUGAGGAACACGUGGCGGAGCUACACUACACAAAGAUGGUAAUCAAAGAGGCCCUGAGGCUAUAUCCAGUGGUGCCUAUGUUAAUUCCCCAUGUCUGCCGAGAGACCUGUGAACUUGGCGGGUUUCAGGUCACCAAGGGUACGAGGGUCAUGGUAAAUACGUGGGCGUUGGGUAGGAACCCCGAGUACUGGCAUGAGCCGGAGGAGUUCCGACCGGAGAGGUUCAAGGACGACACGGCGAACAACCAAAGCCUGCGGUUCGACUACUUGCCAUUCGGGGGAGGAAGGAGGAAAUGCCCUGGCGAUACCUUUGGUCUGGCCACGUUGCACCUCAUGGUGGCACGGCUUCUAUACUAUUUCGACUGGAGCCUCCCUGCCGGUGUGAAGCCGAGUGAGCUGGACAUGGAAAUGAGGGUUGGCAUGACCUUAAGGAGAAAGAACCAGCUGCACCUAGUGGCAACACCGUAUAAGGCAUGCAGUUGA